UCAGUAUUAUUCUGGACGUUAACAUUAUAGGAUCAGUUCGCUUAGUCGCUCUCCGCUUGUUAGUCUUUCCCUGUACGUUUUAUGCAGACGAUCACAUAAAAAUAAUAAUUUAAAACCAAAAAAAAUAAGAAUAAGACAAAAAAAGUUUAAUGAGAAAAAUAUUAAUGCGAGUGCCUUGAAUGGAAAAAGUUCUCAACUCCGCCACUGCAACUGGUUAAAUUGUGUAUGUGAAACAUUAAUUUAGAAGUUUGGUUGUUUCGCUGGAGAAUAUCGUCGCAUAUAUCUACUUAGUUUUGGGGAAACAUAAAUGUCAAGACAGAACUUGUGAAAACAAACGCUUUCGCUCUCGUUGUUGUUGUCGGGACCUUUGUCGCAUCAAAUAAGUAAUCACUAAAGUGUAUAUUUAUAAACUUACGUCGUAAAAAUUGUUAUUUAUGAGUGUUUGAACGUUCCAAAGAAUUGAAAGAAAUUAUUCCGAAAAGGGCCGGAGGAAUGGGAAGAAUUUGACCUCGGAAAGAUCAACCAAAUAAGUUUUCUUACAAGUUGUAAAGAUAUCGGGAGUGGAGUUAAUGAAUUAAAUUGAUCAAAUUGAAUGGACUUGAGUGAGUGAAAUUGUGAAUUUACAUCAAGCUUCAUCUAAUGAUGGAUUAUAGUCCGACUUGGUCCGAUUUCGAUUCAAUUUCAACAUAUUCAAAUGAAGGAUUAGAAACAUACCAACAAUCACCAGUAAAACUUCGACCUAAAGAGCAGCUUUCUGUGCCAAAAAGUGAAAGAACAAAUUCCUACAGAUUCUCAAUGGCGAAUUUAGAAGAAACUCAAGAGUCAGAACUCGACUCAAUCUUAACUGAACUGAGUUUGUUGGAGCAGAAAGGUGACUUGCGACAAGGUCGAACACAAACUCACAGUCGUUCAAGUUCUAUAGUUUCGGGUGCAAACUCGACAAUUUCAAGCACUGUCACAGCAAGUGAUGUAAGAGAAUCGUCGAGAACUGAAAGUCCUGAUAAUGAUUCGGCAUUCAGUGAUACAGUUUCAUUGUUAUCAAGCGAGUCAUCAGCGUCAAGCGGACUGAGUUCUUUAAAUAACAUCAACAAAAUUCCUCCACAAAACAAUGUUGUACAAGAUGCAAAAUCUACAAAAAUUCAACUCGCAUUACAGAAGCUUGAACACGCUUCAGUGAGACGACUUUUUGUCAAAGCAUUUUCUGACGACGGGUCAUCGAAAUCAUUGUUAGUCGAUGAACGAAUGAAUUGCGGUUUUGUUACGAAAUUAUUAGCAGACAAAAAUCAUGUCAACAUGGAGGUCUCUUGGGGACUUAUUGAAUAUCUCCCUGAACUUUAUAUUGAACGACUUUAUGAAGAUCAUGAAUUGUUAGUUGAGAAUCUUCUCACUUGGAGUAAUGAUUCAAAGAAUCGAGUAUUAUUCCUUAAAAGACCCGACAGAGUCGCUCUAUUUAUGACACCCGAAAAAUAUCUUCCAUCAUUUGAAAUGGCCCCCGGCACUCAGCAUGAUGAAGACUCGAGAAAUUUAUUGCUUGAAGAAUUUUUUGCCAACAACAACCCAAUCUCACUGGAGGGUCCACUUUAUUUGAAAAGUGAAUCAAAGAAAGGAUGGAAACGUUAUCACUUCGUGCUACGUCAAUCGGGUCUUUAUUAUUAUCCGAAAGAGAAAGAGAAGGUGAAAUCUUCCAAAGAUCUCAUGUGUUUAGCGCUUUUCAAUUCGCACAACGUUUAUAAAGGCGUUGGAUGGAAAAAGAAAUACAAAGCGCCGACAGAUCACAGUUUCGCUCUGAAAUGUCCAAAAGUCAACAUUACUGGAAAGGGAAUGAAAAUGUUAUGUGCUGAAGACUCGGAAUCAUUACAAAAGUGGAUCAUGUGUUGUCGGAUUGCAAAGUAUGGAAAGAAACUCGUGGAUAAUUUCAAAAACCUUGUGGAGGACUUAGCUCGAGAAGAUUUGGAUAAAAUCGCUUCAACUCGCUUAUCAUUCACGCCCAUCACAACACAAAUGAAUGCGGAUAAGAUUAGCGUUAAUAGUUCCAAUUCAAAUGGCCGUUUAUCACGCGCAAGUACUAGUUCAAGUUCUAGCGGAUGUUUAUCAGAUGACAACAACGGUUUCGAGUCGGAAUUCACAACGGGUACAAUAAAACGGAAGCCAACUAUUAAACCAAAUCUUCCAUUAACGACAAAGACACGACAACUGAUUAAAGAAGUUGAAGAUAGUUCGACACGAAACGAUAAUGAUUCUUUAGAAAAGGGUGGAACACUCACGCGUCGUCGUAGUCAUAGUAGCAGCAGUAAUGGUACGUUGAAACGACAAGGCUCACAGAGAACCUCCAUUGACAGCAUGAAGUCAGCAAAUUCUCCAGUGACGCCGGAAGAAUCAUUUAUUAAAUCUCCAACAAUCGACGCCGUUGAUUCCACUAAUCUCAUGAGUAAUUGUAUGACAGAUUCAAUGUUGUCACUUCCCCCACCUCCCGAGCCAAGCACUUGUGUUAUGUCAGCUUCGACACUUUCAUUAAACUCUUUACCAUUCCCGGAUCCACCCGACGAAAGUGUUCUCAAAGAAUUGACUAUGACUGAUCAUUCAUUAGUAGAAUCACAGACAACAAUCAAAUUUAAUGAUGAAUCUAAAGCUGUCAAAAAUAUUAAUUAUACAAUGCCGACGACGAACGGAAAUGUCGAAUCGGAACCAAUUUACAAGACUAUUUUAAAGCCACCUCCUUAUAAAUCACCACCACCGGUAAAAAACAAGUAUAGCCAACCACCACCAGUUCCUCAAAAAUCUGUCACAUUUGCUGACUCUUCACCGCCAGUUGUGUUACGUAAGAAAGUUUGCUUCGAUGAAAAAGUUGAAAAAAUUAUUGUUUCACCGCGACAAGAGAAAGCACCGCCAUUGCCACCACUUCGUGAUAGAAGCACUUUUCUCUCGUGCACAUCACCAAAGCGCCUUUGUGAUUCAGCUUGUAAUCCGCCGCAAGAUUUCUGGAAAGACUUGCAACGUGUAGUGAAUAAGAAAUUGGGCGUAGCUCAAAAAUGUAAGAUGAAUCUACAAAUGAGUCCUGGAGAGGUUUUGGGAUUUAGAGAUCCCGAGCCAACGUACGAAUCUAAUUAUUAUCGUGAAACGUCCACAUCCAAUUGGGUCCUAGAACAUUAUGGUGACAAUCUAUAUGAGAACUGGGAUGGCAAUAAAGUAAAUGGCACCACAGUUCACCAGCAGAAUAAUAAUGUCGUGAUGCGCGAUGUAAGUGCAAUUCCAAAACAAAUUCUUCCACUCAGCCCUCAAAGGCGGUCAACACGAGGUCCACCUGUGCCAAUAAGAAAUUCAUCAACACGAUUGAGCACAAACUCCAAUCCAACUGCUGCUGCUGAAAUGCAAUAAUUAAUAAAUGGAACUUGAUAACAUACAUCAACAAUCAUUUUGCCAAAGAAGUUUAACUUUGUCGUUAUUGUGCUGCAACAUAGAACUGCCCAAGGAACUGCCCAUUAGCGAUUUUUUAUGUGAUUUUUUUAAGGAAGAUUAAAGAAAAGAAAAUAUUUAAUAUUGAUAUGAAUAUAAUCGACACCUUCCAUUUACUUCAUUAAAUCCUCAUGAAGUUAAUGGAACUUUAAAUACAGAACUGUUUAAGUAUAAACAUUUAUUUCUUAAUUAGAAAUUCAUAAGAUUCUACAUAAAAUAUUAACAAAUAACCGUAAUAUUAUUAACCUGAAUUAUUAAUUGUCCAAUAAUUGAAAAAUUGGGCCUCGGAGGUUUUCAAUUUUAUACUAAACUGACAUACAUAAAUCAUAAUCAAUUUUAUGUUAAAAAUGAAUUUGUUUAUGUAUAGUUCUAAUCUGAUAAUGAAAAAGAAAAAUUAGCAAAUAUUUCAUCUUAUGAUUAUUAAUAACAAAUAUCGAAUAAUAUAAAUUUAACACAAUUCUGAGAAUAACAAGAAGGAAAAAUCCGCAGAUAUUGUUUAGGAUAAAGGCUCAAUGGAAAUAACGGCCUUCAAUGCUUUUUACAACUCUUUUUUAAGAAAUUGAAAUUAAGAAUAUUGUAAAAUUUAUUGAAAUUUUAUACAAAAUAUUCAAUAAAAUUUAUGUGAGCUUUCAAUAAAGAGUUUUCUUAUUAAUUUUUA